ACUCAGCGCGUUGGUCGCCUUAAGAGAGUCAUAGUUACUCCCGCCGUUUACCCGCGCUUGCUUGAAUUUCUUCACGUUGACAUUCAGAGCACUGGGCAGAAAUCACAUUGCGUCAACACCCGCGAGGGCCAUCGCAAUGCUUUGUUUUAAUUAGACAGUCGGAUUCCCCUAGUCCGUGCCAGUUCUGAGCUCAGCGUUGAAUGGCGGCCGAAGAGGACGACCACGACGGCUCGCGCCGCCACGGAAGCCUCGCAGCAAGGAAGAUCCGCGGGAGGCCAAGGCACGGGACCGAGCUCGGAUCCCGGCAACGGCGCGAGAACGCCGACCGUUCACCUCGCCCAGGCCCGGCACGUCAGCCAGACCCGCUUCCCGACCAAGCCCGACACGCCCCGCUCCUCAGAGCCAAUCCUUAUUCCGAAGUUACGGAUCCAAUUUGCCGACUUCCCUUACCUACAUUAAUCUAUCGACUAGAGGCUCUUUACCUUGGAGACCUGCUGCGGAUAUGGGUACGAACCGGCGCGACGCCUCCACGUGGCCCUCUCCUGGAUUUUCAAGGUCCGAGGGGAAGAUCCGGACACCGCCGCAACUGCGGUGCUCUUCGCGUUCCAAACCCUAUCUCCCUGCUAGAGGUUUCCAGGGAACUCGAACGCUUAUACAGAAAAGAAAACUCUUCCCGGAUCUCCCGACGGCGUCUCCAGGUCAUUUUGGGUUACCCCGACGAACACUCUUACGAGGGCCCGAAUUGUAUGCGGUUCCGCUGCCGGGUUCCGGAAUAGGAACCGGACUCCCUUUCGCCCGACGGGCGUG